AUGAUUAAAUUUUACUAUGUCACAUUUAGCUUUACAACGCAAACAAACAAUACCAACACACUCAACGAGCUAGUGGAGACGCAAAUGUGGAAACAGGCAAUUCCUUCCCAAACUGCUACAAUUGGUAGCAAUUCGUUUGAAGAAAACCAUGUCAGUAUGCUUUCUAGUAGUCAGGCGUCACAACUGAUAACUAUGCCUGCAAGCACAAUGUCUCCGAAUUUGUGCAACACGGGAGAGAGCUUAAUUAAAUUGGAGUCUUUGCUCCCUUAUAAGCAAGCAGUACAUACGUAG